CAAGAAGUCGUAGUCCAAAACUAUUGCGCGACUACUCUAAAUUUCCUGAGUCUAUAUUCAGUCUAAGAUUCGCGAGUGUACGCAGGCGCAAGAGUCCUUGGAGAGCUUCUCUAUUAACAGUUCCUAAGUAAUAGGGUCCUCCGGCCGGUAGAGGGAGUCGCCGACACGUCACUGGCGCGCACUUGGCGCUAAUCCAGAUGCGCCUGCGCGCCAGCUUUAUCCCACAGAGAUGGCCGAGUCUCCCGCUCUGAAGAGAAAACGUGAGGAGAAAGAGGGAGCGAACGGAUCCGCCGCGUCCCCAAAUGAAGGGCCGGCCUCCGGCAACUUCCCUUUGGCCGAUCUCUCUGUGAUGAAAGUGCUGAGGGAAUCUGCGCGGGAGAAGACGAUCUUCCUCCACGGGCGGGUGAAUAGUGCUUCUGGGGAUAAGACAGAUGCUGUUGUGAUCCUUGAGAAGAUCCCCUUCAAGGAAGAGAACAUCACUGAACUCCUAAAGAAGCACACUGGACUUCAGCUCCAGAUGUCCAAUGACAUCUAUAGCACUUACCAUCUCUUCCUUCCUCCAGAAUUAAAUGAGAUAAAAACUACGGUGGUGUACCCAGCAACUGAAAAACAUCUUCAAAAAUACCUGUCUCGGUCAGUGUAUCUCAUCCAGGAGACGGGAGAGGAUUAUAAGAACAUCACUCUGCCUUUUAUCGAAUCACAGAGUAUCAGCAUUCAGUGGGUAUACAACAUCCUGGAGAAGAAGGCUGAAGCUGAUCGAAUUGUCUAUGAAAAUCCAGAUCCCAUCAACGGUUUUCUUCUCAUUCCAGAUUUAAAAUGGAAUCAAAAACAGCUUGAGGAUUUAUACUUGAUCGCUGUCUGCCACCGCAGGGGAAUCAAGUCAGUGAGAGAUCUUACGGCUGAGCAUCUCCCUUUGCUGAGAAACAUCUUGAAAGAAGGAGGGGAGGCCAUACAAAAGCGUUUUGGCCUUGCAAAGGCCCAGCUGCGGGUUUAUGUGCAUUACCAGCCAUCCUAUUUCCACUUCCAUGUGCACUUCACGGCCCUGAGCUACGAUGCACCGGGAUGCUCUGUGGAACGGGCCCUCCUGCUUUCCGAUGUGAUGUAUCAUCUGGAGCUGGACUCACAGUACUAUCAGAAGUGCCCCUUGACUUUUCCUGUUCGAGCAGGUGAACCUCUGCUGAAGAAAUUCCAGGAAGCCGGUAAAGAUCUGAAGAUCUGAGCACGGUGAAGAAAGAACGGAAGAAAAUAUAUACAUAUACAUAAACAAGAAAUGAGGAUACCUUUAUAUGGCCUCUGUAAGAUAUUUUGUGUUUUUUUUUUAAAAAAAAGACUUAAUUUGUAUUUUUUUUUCCUAUUGGAGGAUUUUUUAAAAAAAAAAAUCAACAAAUAGCUGUAUUCAGGAGUUCCAGAUGUAUCUUCCUUCCCCUAGCUAGCCCCACUGUUUUUUGGGUGAGUUCCCAUUUACCCAAACCAGCAUAAAUAAUGGCCAAAGUUGAAUUUGAAAAUCAACAGAAUUUGGAAGGCUAGAGGCAUCACAUUCUUGUGCUAUGUGGACCAUGGAUUUGACAUUGCAGAUGUUUCAACAGAUGUCAGGUUGGUGUCCUUCAAUGGAUUUGGGAGUUCAACAGCCUUCAGCCUUCAGCUUCUGCGAGGGUGACAAAUUAUGGACAUUGUAUGUAAAAAAGAUGCAGAAAACAUCAUGAUGCAAGCAAUGGUAUAUGUGCUUCAUGUUUGUAUUUCCUCCUGCUAAAUCUUACAACACUCAUAUUAUAUUUGUCCUUCUUUUAAAGCAACAAUACUUGACAUUAACCUGGGUGCCUUCCCUGGGCUGGCUGCUCUUCAGAUUAUUUUGGACUAUAGUUGGUCACCUGACCACUGGCUACCAAGGACCAUGAAUGGAGAAAGAAGCUCAACAUCAGUGUUUCGCAACUUUAAGAUAUGUGGACUUCAACUCCCAGAAUUCCCCAUCCAUCAUUUUAGGUUGAGAAAUCCUGCUCUGCACACAACCUGGAAGAAAGCCACAUUUUAAAACAGUAAAAUGAAAAAUGGAUGGGGGUGCUGUAUAGACAUCAUAAAAAGCCCAAAUCAGUUCAGUCUAUGGAAAUUGGCUCUUCCCCCCCCACCCAUAGUGUAGCAACUAUGGCUGUUAAACAAUUCAUUUUCCAGCUUUUCAGUCAAUAGUAUCUAGACGCUGUAUUGGCUGGUCUAGUUUAGGGUUGGGGCAUAUUUUCUCCAGAUGUUAAAACUCCAACUUUACAUAGUCUUAGCCGGUAAAGGAAGAUCGCAGCUGCAGGCUAACAUCUGGAAGGCCACCCAUUGCCUAUUCCCCUAAGUCCUUAUGUGACUUUUUUGUUCCAAUAAAAGUGACCACACGUUUCCUUGUAAAGCAACUGCAUUGUUCCUCAGCAUUUUUUUAAAAAAUCCCAAAAUCCAUGGGUUUUAAUUUUAAUUAAAAUUACAUUACAUCUGAGCAGCUCUGCUAAUGUUAGAGUGACCUGGACCAAUCUUUAAAAGGGAGUUUUUGCUGUCAGGAGUGUAAAAGAAUGGAUUAAGAAAAAAGAAAGAAGGUAUAAAGAAAGAAUUAGUGUUUUAAUACCUUUUAUGCUUCUGCAGCCUUCAAUCCCCAAAGACCCUGGGUUUUUUUUCCUUUCUGUUGCUGUGACACUGACCUGUUCUUUAAUGAAUUCACUAUUAAAAUACAGAAGAAUGCAGAAUUCUAUUCCAUUUCUAUCGCUGUUAGUAUUUCUAUCAAGGUACGAUUUAUUCCCCCAAACUGUAAAUAUUUAGUGAUUUAGAUCAGGGGUCU